UGCCUUACAACUUGAUAACAACCAUAAGACAAAUUAUUAAUUAUAAAAUAAAAACGACCGCGUAGCAACCCGUCUAGCUCAAGGGUGACCACUCUUUACAAACAACAUGGCGACUGUUCCCGAAAAUGCACCGACACAUUGUCCGGGCACAGAAAGUGAGGAUGCUGGCAAAGCAAGUGCAUGUCAAGGAUGCCCAAACCAGAAAACUUGUUCUGUACUUCCAAAGGGACCAGACCCAGCUAUUGCAGAGAUAAGUGCCAAAUUUACGACCAUAAAACACAAGAUUAUAGUGCUGUCAGGCAAAGGUGGUGUCGGCAAAAGUACUUUUACUGCUCAUCUUGCCCAUGGCCUUGCAGCGGAUGAAGAACAGCAGGUAGCAGUUCUAGAUGUGGAUAUAUGUGGCCCAUCAAUGCCGAGGAUUUUUGGAGUAGAAGGAGAACAGGUCCAUAACAGUGGAUCUGGAUGGUCCCCAGUGUAUGUCACUGACAAUCUUGCUGUGAUGUCAGUUGGAUUUCUGCUGUCCAGUCCCGAUGAUGCUGUGAUAUGGAGGGGGCCGAAGAAAAAUGGUCUGAUCAAGCAGUUCCUCAGAGACGUGGACUGGGGUGAGGUGGACUAUCUGGUGAUAGACACGCCCCCAGGCACCUCGGACGAGCACCUGUCGGUGGUGCAGUACCUCAGUGAGGCUAACGUGGAUGGGGCUGUGAUCAUCACUACUCCGCAGGAGAUAUCCCUUCUGGAUGUACGUAAGGAGAUCAGCUUCUGCCGUAAAGUUGGGCUGCCCCUGAUUGGCAUCGUGGAAAACAUGAGCGGGUUCGUGUGUCCGAAAUGCAAGACUGAAUCACAGAUCUUUCCUCCAACAACUGGUGGGGGAGAGAAGCUUUCUCAGGAUACAAACAUACCCCUGCUGGGCAAGCUGCCACUUGAUCCAAGGAUUGGUAAAUGUUGUGAUGAAGGGAAGUCGUAUCUGACGGAGGUACCUGACUCUCCAGCAACCAAAGUCUUUGUACAGAUCAUAAGUAAAAUCAAGGAACAUUGUGCCAAGCUGAGAAGUCAGCAAGAAUCAGAUACAGGGGAAAGGAUGGACACAGCGUGAUAUUUCUGUGCGUGUGUUUUCAGUCCGGGUCGGACGACACUGUUUGUGUGUGGUGUGCCAUUAGUUGCUGACCACUGUGAUUUUGUUAAAUUAUAUGCUGACUUAUCUCAUUAAAGACAAUCUAGUUAUUUCCAGCUGAAGGAUGCCUUAUGUCUCCAUGAACAUUUUGAUCCCGUUUUUUCUGUCAAGGUGUUUCACUUAUUAAAAUUCCACUAUAAGGAAUUUUAAGAACAGUGGGCCAUUUUUAAGUUGAUUCUGUGUAAUAUCAGCUACCUCCUAACAUGGACUGAUAUCAACCCUUUUGAUGUGAUAUAACAAAUUACGCCAGACACCUUGAUAUCGGGCAGGGGUCGAUAUAGUGGUAUGAUAUAUUUUGCCUACAAUCUUCUGCCUGGUCAUCAACCUAAACUACAUCUAAAGUUUUCAAUCUAAGUGUACUUUUUAGUAUUCAGUCCAAGGUUGCUUGUUAAUUUUCAGUCUAAUGUUUAUUAGUCUGUUUAAGUCUAUGUUUAAGCCCUCUGUUUAAAUCUGCCUUUAAGUGGCAUCCCACAUAAGGCAUACACGGUACUAGUUGUCUUUUUUAAAUUUUAUUUGUUACAUGUGCCAACUUAAAAUGUAUUUUUAUAAAUAAAAUGCACUAACAUUUAA